AUGUCUCUAUGGUUAGAGCAACACUAAGCCUGCAACAACUAACAACCCCAAAGCCAGAGGUCACACAUCAAAAUCUUUUGCCUCUGCUCAAAGUAUUGCCCCAGUGUCCCAAAGUAAUGAAAGAGUAACUGUACUGCACCUAUAUCUAAGGGGUUUCUCACUUCUCAGCGUGUGAAGUGCACCUCUUUAAAGUCCUUCCCCUCCUCCCUGUUCGAGCUUCCUGACAAAUACACAAUACACUGGAGAAAAAGCAUGGCAGCAGUGAGAGAAUGUAGAAGUAGUACUCCUAACGAUUAAACAAAAGGAGGGGGAAGCCUUUUCCGGAGCAUAAGUUUAUUUAUCAGACCUCUUCUUCCGAGCCUGCAGGCUGCAAACGAGACGAGUGCUGCAAGCAAUGACCAUCGCAGCCAUGGAGAGGGGGAGGAGGAGCAGAGGAGCUGCGGCCAUUGGAGCCGCCCUGCUGCUGUUCUUGGCCGCCGCCUCCUUGGGAGCUCAUGCCAACACCGACUCGAAUGACGUGACAGCCCUCGGCGUCUUCUACACAACCAUGAAUUCGCCGCCCCAGCUGAAAAACUGGGUGUCACAAAAUGGAGAUCCCUGCGGACAGUCGUGGAAUGGGAUCACUUGCUCGGGUUCCAGAGUGACAACAAUAAACUUAUCGGGCAUGAGUCUUAACGGGACUCUGGGUUACAACAUGAACCUACUGACUGCACUAGUUCAGCUCGAUAUGAGCAAUAAUAAUCUUGGCGGCAGUGACAUUCCCUAUAAUCUUCCUCCAAAUCUUGAGAAAUUAAAUCUUGCUGGAAACCACUUUACUGGAACCACACCAUACUCUAUUUCCCAAAUGAUUUCACUUAAGGAAUUAAAUCUUGGUCAUAAUCAGAUCUCAACCAUCAGUGAUAUGUUCAACCAGAUGACCAACCUAACAACAAUGGACAUCUCAUUCAACACGUUUUCUGGUAAUAUUCCACAAAGCUUCAACUCUUUGACAAGCUUGAAAACACUUUAUAUGCAGAACAACCAAUUCAGUGGCACGAUAGAUGUCCUUGCCAAUCUUCCUCUUACGGACUUAAAUGUCGCAAACAAUCAAUUCACUGGCUGGGUCCCUGAUAAGCUAAAGAAAAUAAAUAAUCUCCAGACAACUGGAAACUCGUUUAGCAAUGGUCCCGCACCACCACCUCCACCAGGUCCAACUCCAACUCCAACUCCAACUCCAACGCCUCAACGCACUGCUCCUCCAAGUAGCAAUGCAAGCAAUGGUUCAUCUGACAGUGCCAGCCAACACUCCAAACUACAAGGUGGUGCAAUAGCAGGAAUUGUAAUAUGUUUGCUGGUUGUUGGUGCAAUGGUUACAUUCUUUGUGAUCAAGAGGAAAUCUUGGAAGUUCUCAGUGAGACGAGACCCAGAACAGAAUGAACCUCUCAGUCCUCUUGCUUCAGGAUUUAAACAGAUCAAGUCCAUUAAGAUCAUCUCAACAACUGGCAAGGAUCAAUUUCAGAAGACUGUUUCAAUGAGCUUAAAACCUCCAACAAAAAUUGACUUGCACAAGUCUUUCGAUGAUAACGAUCUCACAAGCAAGUCUAUCACAAGCAAAAUAAGUUUGUCUUCCAUCAGACUACCUGCAUACACCGUUGCAGACUUGCAGAUAGCAACAGGAAGCUUUAGCCCUGACAAUUUUAUAAGUGAGGGGUCAUUUGGACGAGUUUUCAAAGCACAAUUCGAUGAUCAGAAGGUCCUGGCUGUAAAGAAAAUCAAUUUUUCUGCAUUCCCAAGUUACCCGUCAGAUUUGUUCAUUGAGUUGGUUGCAAAUAUUUCAAGGCUAAAUCAUCCAAACCUUGCCGAGCUAGUUGGUUACUGUUCGGAGCAUGGGCAGUGCUUGUUGGCAUACGAAUUCUACCGAAAUGGUUCUCUGUAUGACUUACUUAAUCUGGUGGGUGAUCAAAGCAAACCGUUGUCCUGGAACAGCCGUGUGAAGAUUGCCCUUGGAUCUGCAAGGGCGUUAGAAUACCUACAUGAAACAUGUUCGCCAUCUGUGAUCCACAAAAACUUCAAGUCAUCAAACAUUUUACUCGAUAUUGAGCUGAACCCCCACCUUUCGGAUUCUGGAUAUGCCGAUCUUAUUCCUAACCAGGAAUUCCAGGAAUCAGAAGAGAACUUAGGAUAUAGGGCACCUGAGGUAAUCAUGUCUGGGCAAUACUCACUGAAGAGUGAUGUGUAUAGCUUUGGUGUCGUGAUGUUAGAGCUCCUGACUGGCCGCAAACCAUUUGACAGGACCCGAUCACGAUCUGAGCAGUCACUAGUCCGAUGGGCUGCCCCGCAGCUCCAUGACAUCGACGCGCUAGACCAGAUGGUCGAUCCAGCGCUCCAGGGCCUGUACCCCUCGAAAUCCCUGUCCCGCUUCGCCGACGCUAUCGCACUUUGCGUGCAGGCCGAGCCUGAGUUCCGGCCACCGAUGUCCGAGGUGGUCCAGUCGUUAGUCCGCCUCGUGCAGCGGGCAAACAUGACGAGAAUGUCGUCCAGCUGCGAGAGCUACACAGGGCGCCACGGCGAAUCUGCAGCAUUGGAUCUCCGGCAUCCUCUCAACUCCCCAAGGAAACCACCGGGCCACGCUAACCCAUUCCGGGUCCGUUCAUACACGCAAAGCGCGCUCACCAACGAUUCCGCCGACCAGGAGAUCGUGAUUGCCCUGGGCAGCAACGUGGGAGACAGGGUCAGCACGUUCGACAGGGCGCUGCGGCUGAUGAUGAGCUCGGGCAUCAGGAUCACCAGGCACGCCUGCCUGUACGAGACCGCCCCUGCCUACGUGACCGACCAGCCGCGGUUCCUCAACUCCGCCGUCAGGGGCACGACGAAGCUGGGGCCUCACGAGUUGCUCAGGAGGCUCAAGGAGAUCGAGAAGGAUAUCGGGCGCACCGCCGGGGUAAGGUACGGUCCGAGGCCGAUCGAUCUGGACAUUCUUCUGUAUGGGGACUCCCGGAUCAGUACCGAGUCUCUGAUUGUGCCACAUGAACGCAUCCAUGAGAGGCCGUUCGUCUUGGCGCCUCUUGUUGACCUACUGGGUUCGUCGGCUGAGGACGGUAUGGAGAAAAGAUGGCACUCUCUGUCAGAGUGCAGUGGCGGGUUCUUUGAUCUGUGGAGCAAGCUUGGUGGCGAAUCCAUAAUUGGAACAGAAGGCAUUAAAAGGGUCAUGUCUGUUGGAAAUGCACUGUUGGAUUGGCGUGAGAGGACCCUGGUUAUGGGUGUGCUUAACCUCACGCCAGACAGCUUUAGCGAUGGAGGCAAGUUUCAAGAGGUGGAAGCUGCCAUUUCUCAGGCCAGGUUGUUGAUAUCAGAAGGUGCUGACAUAAUUGAUAUUGGUGCUCAGUCCACCAGGCCCUUUGCAAGGAGGCUGUCUGCGGAAGAAGAGCUUGAGAGGCUGGUCCCUGUUCUGGAUGCUAUCAUGAAACUCCCUGAGAUGGAAGGGAAGUUGCUUUCGGUAGACACGUUCUACGCGCAAGUCGCUGCUGAAGCCGUGAAAAGAGGGGCCGCCAUGAUCAAUGAUGUAUCUGGUGGGCAGCUUGACCCAGAUAUUCUUCAAGUUGUUGCUGAACUGGGAGUUCCGUAUGUUACCAUGCACAUGAGAGGGGAUCCAUCAACUAUGCAGAAUGAGCAGAAUUUACAGUAUGAUGAUGUCUGCAAAGAAGUUGCUUCUGAGUUAUAUGCUCGGUUGAGAGCAGCAGAGCUGUCUGGGAUUCCUUUGUGGAGGAUUGUUCUUGAUCCUGGCAUUGGGUUUUCCAAGAAAUCCACACAGAAUAUUGAAGUAAUCGCGGGCUUGGAAUCCAUUAGAGAAGAGAUGGGUAAAAUGAGUCUAGGUGCUUCACAUGUGCCAAUAUUACUUGGACCCUCCAGGAAAAGAUUCUUAGGUGAAAUAUGCAAUCGCACGGAUCCAGUUGAGAGAGAUGCAGCUACUGCUGCUGCUGUUACAGUUGGGAUAUUGAAUGGUGCUAAUAUAGUAAGGGUCCAUAAUGUUAGAUACAGUGUGGAUGCUGCAAAGGUCUCUGAUGCAUCACUCAAGUACAGAAGAAAAUAAUAGAAAGUAUACAGCCAGGAUAGAAGCCAUACCAGUUGUCAGUUUUGUACAAGGGAAUGCUGAUGUGGAGCUCAUACCAUAUGGGGUGUAUCAU